AUGGAGCGCUGGCCUUGGCCGUCGGGCGGCGCCUGGCUGCUAGUGGCGGCCCGCGCGCUGCUGCAGCUGCUGCGCUCAGACCUACGUCUGGGCCGCCCGUUGUUGGCGGCUCUGGCGCUGCUGGCCGCGCUGGACUGGCUGUGCCAGCGCCUGCUGCCCCCGCCGGCGGCACUCGUGGUGCUGGCUGCUGCCGGCUGGAUCGCGUUGUCCCGCCUGGCGCGCCCUCCUCGCCUGCCCGUGGCCACUCGCGCGGUGCUCAUCACCGGCUGUGACACUGGUUUUGGCAAGGAGACAGCUAAGAAACUGGAUGCCAUGGGCUUCACGGUGCUGGCCACUGUGUUGGAUUUGGAUAGCCCUGGUGCCCUAGAACUGCGUGCCUGUUGUUCCCCUCGCUUAAAGCUGCUGGAGUUGGACCUGACCAAGCCAGAGGACAUCAGUCGAGUGCUGGAAUUCACCAAGGCUCACACCACAGGCACUGGCCUGUGGGGUCUGGUUAACAAUGCUGGCCUCAACAGCGUAGUGGCUGAUGUGGAGCUGUCUCCAGUGACAACUUUCCGAAACUGCAUGGAGGUGAACUUCUUUGGUGCACUUGAGCUGACCAAGGGCCUCCUGCCCCUCCUGCGUCACUCAAGGGGACGUAUUGUGACCAUUGGCAGCCCAGCAGGAGACAUGCCGUAUCCCUGCUUGGCAGCCUAUGGCGCCUCUAAGGCCGCUGUGGCACUGCUUAUGGACACAUUUGGCUGUGAACUGCUUCCCUGGGGUAUCAAGGUCAGCAUUAUCCAGCCUGGCUGCUUCAAAACAGAGUCGGUGACCAAUGUGAACCUCUGGGAGAAGCGCAAGCAACUGCUGCUGGCCAACCUGCCUGGAGAGCUGCUGCAGGCCUAUGGCGAAGACUACAUCGAGCACUUGCACGGGCAGUUCCUGCAUUCGCUCAGAAUGGCAGUGCCUGACCUCAGCCCAGUUGUAGACGCCAUCAUUGAUGCACUGCUGGCAGCUCAGCCACGCCGCCGCUAUUACCCAGGCCGUGGCCUGAUGCUCAUGUAUUUCAUCCAUCACUACCUGCCGGAGAGCCUACGACGCCGCUUCCUGCAGAACUUCUUCAUCAGUCACCGUCUGCCCCGAGCACUGAGGUCUGGCCAACCUGGCCCGGCUCCUGCUUAGGACACACCCCAGGACCCAAACCCUUCCCUAGUGGCAGCUCAGUGAGCCACAAAUGGCCUAAGUGCUCCAGCAAAAGAGGCUCCAUGAGCCCUUGGCCCUUUUCCUAGCCAUUAUAAACCCCUCAACCUUGCCCUAGAACAGCAGUUUUUAGCCUGUGGGUCGUGACCCCUUUGACAAAUUUCUAUCUCUAAAAAUAUUUACAUUAUAAUUCAUAACAGUAGCAAAAUUAGUUAUGAAGUAGCAACAAAAAUAAUUUUAUGAUAUGAUUCCAUAUCAUGAGGAACUGUAUUAAAGGGUCACAGCAUUAGGAAGGUUGAGAACCACUGCCCUAGAGUCUAUGUUAAGAAAAGCCCAGACUCUACUGCUGAUGCCUAGUCCAGGCCUGGGAAGCUGAAGGUUGCUAGUGAACCUCUGGACCUCUCCACUGCUUCAUGAACCUCUACAUCCUCUACCAGAUACAAUGCUCCACAUUGCAGCUUGGAGAACCCAGCUGGAUGGAGAGUUUGGUGAAAGAUUAUCUGUAGCCUUUGACAGGAUUCUACAGAUCAUUUCUCUGCAAACUGGAGAGUGAUUAGGCAGGUGGGCACCUCCUCAGGAUUCUCAGCACCAGUGCCUAAGUGCUGCCAAGUCCAGAGUAAAUCCCAAUUGUCUCUUGACCGGCUCAAGAAUUAGGUCCCCAACUACCUGCUCCUAAACCACAAGGGAAGCUGCACACUGCACUUGUCUGGUUGUUGGCAUUUUAAAAUAAAGACACAUUUUUAUUU